AAAGGGGGAGCAAGCACGGCUGUUGCUGGAUGCUCUUCAGUGCUAAGAAAGCCUUGUAUUCUUCCUUCAGAUGCUUUCUUAGUAAAGGGCUCUGCUACUCUGGAGAGACUGAAGGACCUCUGUAAAGAAGAGAAAGAAAAAACAUAUCCUUCCAAGCUUUUGCAGCUUUAUACACAGGCUGUCCUAGAUAUUACGUAUUUUGAGGAAAACCAGCUUGUGGAUGAAGAUUUUCCAGAAGAUUAUUCCUUACGAAAAGUUAAAGAACUUAUUUGUAUUCUUUCAGAACCAGAAGACCUAGUGAAAGAAUGCAACGUAAAUGAAGAAUGCACCAGCAUCCUUGGCACAGAGUUAAUCGAAUGUCUUUACUGGAGAAAAGGAGCCCUGCUUUACAUGUAUUGUCACACUGUAAAAGAAAGGAGUGACUGGCUAAGGAAAAAUAUCGACUUAUUUGAAAAGUGCCUUAAUGAUGGAGUCCAUUACUUGAUGAAGAUGCUUAGCUUUAGAUGCCCUCUCCAACUGGAUGAAGAUGUCUCAUUUCAGGAUAAAGAUACUGCUAGAUUACUCAGUGAAGGUGUAUUUAGUGAUACGCACUUACUGGCGAUGAUGUACAGUGGAGAAAUGUGCUACUGGGGACUGAAACACUGCAGAGAAAGGGGAAGUGGAGAAGGGAAGCAAGAAAGGUGCGAGACGACAAAUCCAGCGUCUAGUAGUGACCCAUGCUGCAGAUCACAGAGUGCAUCACUGGGUUUCCGAGCAGCAGGCAAAAACAUAUUAACGAAAUAUGUGGCGGUAUGCGAAGGACCUUUAAAAGGACAAGGGUGGAACACGACAAGUGCAAGGCAAAUGCUGUGUUACUUCAGGAAAUCCCACAGCUAGAGUUGCUGCUGUUGCGCUCUUCGGGGAGCUCGCUGCCUGGGGCUCGCACCUAGGGAGGCGGUCUGCACGGAAGUGAGGCAAAACACUACUAGCUGUCUGACUGUACUUGUCAAAACGUAUGCUCUGUUGUAAAGAGAGUGAUGCCGAGACCGUCUGGAACAUCGCUCCAAUAAAACAGUGUUUUCA